GCAGCAGGGCGCGGGUAGUUUGAAACAGAAUGGCUGCUAUUUCGGCGGAGGAGGCUUCGUUGUUUCUGGGCCUCUCUCCUGGGAGUCUCGAAAACGGAAGCCAAGGCGGCCCUGGGCCGGAGGAGCUGCCCGUGGUGUUCCUGUGCGGCGGGUGCAAACGGCCAGUGGGAGACACGCUCAGCUGGGAGGCCAGCGACAAGGACACCUCCUGCGUCCUCCUGAAGAGUGUUACACUCAAUGUUUCAGUGGACAAAGAGCAAAGGCUUUCAAGCCAGGCAGGUGAAUACGGCUGCUUGUUUGAAACCUUAUUCUGCUCCGGGUGCAAAAUGACACUUGGAAGCAUCUACAGAUGCACCCCAAGACAUCUUGAUUAUAAAAGAGAUUUAUUUUGUUUAAAUGUUGAUACUCUUGAGAGUUACACUUUAGGAUCUGCAGAGCAAAAAACUGACAUUAACGAGGAACUUCUCACUCUUGAGAGUCGAGCUGAUUUAGAAGAGUCAUUGGAGAGGGCAGAGACAAUAUUGAAAGCAUUGGAGCAACGAUUAUCAGUAGUUGAAUCAAGUUUUGCAUCUCUACAUAAUAUGGGUUGAAAAUUAUAAAUAUUGUUCAUCUAUUUUUGUACACACUUGCUAUUAUGGACUCUCGGAAACUAGUUGAGUAUUACAAGACAUUUUUUUUCUAAAAUCAUAAAACUCCUUUCCUGAAGAAACAAAAUGCAGGGCUGGGAACAGUUUGAUGAACUUAGAGAAUUCGUUGGGGAAUCUUGUUUUGUAUUUUAAGGUUUUCUAAAUGUUAGCGAAUACAAAUCAUAUCGAUACUCACACAACUCUUUCUUUACAUUAUGUUUCAUUAGCCUGUCUUGAACUUGAUUCAAUCAUCUGUUUGAAUUUGUGUUAAUCUUCUUAGCUUAUAUCACAAGAGUUGGAAGAAUAAGAUUUAAAUCUUCUAAGAAACUCAACCUGUAGGUUGAUAAGACAUUCUAAAUACAAUAAAUCUUCUUAGUAUUUUGGCCAUGUUAAAUAUUUUAAAAAAUAAAAACUAGAUCUUUAGCUGAGUUAUGUGAAUGUGUUGUGUAUCAGUUAUUGUAGUGGCUUGUAUCUUAUUAUGUGUCAUUUUGAAGGCAAGAUACUUGAUGUCACUGUACUGAUGAAUUGAAAUGGUAAUUCUGCAGUUGAACUGGAAGUUGAAAUGUAAAAAUGUUUAUAUAGUAAAUCAUUGCCUUUAUUCUCAAACA